GGUUGGAUAUGCAAGUGUGAUCAGACUAAAUUGACUGUUUAUAACUAAAUAUUAUUAAAACCUACAGUAAAUAUCUUCCACUUUAAGGUGAAAUGCCGACCUGCUGGCUGGUCAGUGAGGAUGAAAGCCACAAACCCAUCCAGCUUCUUCAUUAUAACACUCACAUCCUGGGACGAGGCCCGGAAACUAAGAUUAAAGACCAGAAGUGUUCCAGACAGCAAGUUCAGCUGAGAGCCGAUUGUAACCGAGGAUUCGUCAGCGUGAAGCAGUUGGGCGCCAAUCCUACCAGCGUGGACGAUGUGGCGGUGGGCAAAGGCAAUCAGGUCACUCUAAAAGCCGGUCAGAAGCUCUACAUGGUCAACCGUCUGUACGCCUACAGCGUGCUCUUCAGAGAGGACUCCACCUCCUCCGACGCCGCUCCGGAAAAACACAGACCGACCAAGAGACCCCGUCAGAGAGACGUUCAGGAGGAGGAGGAUCCAAGUCCUGCUCGCAAAGUCUCAAUGAGUUCUCAUGCAGAGAGAAAAUCCAACGGUUCUGCUCAGGCCGAAAAUUCAACACCUACACCUGAAAAGGAAUCUGCAGGUCACUGGAGUCAGGGGUUAAAAGUCUCCAUGCAGGACCCAAAGAUGCAGGUGUACAAAGACGACCGGGUGGUGGUGAUCAAGGAUAAAUACCCCAAAGCUCGGUACCACUGGCUGGUCCUCCCGCGGGAGUCCAUCUCCAGUCUGAAGGUCCUGAGGUCGGAACACGUGGACCUGCUGAAACACAUGCAGACGGUCGGGCGCAGCAUGGUACAGCAGUGCCCGCCGUCCAGCAAGCUCGGCGUCCGACUGGGCUACCACGCCAUCCCCAGCAUGAGUCACGUCCACCUGCACGUGAUCAGUCAGGACUUCGACUCUCCGUGUCUGAAGAACAAGAAGCACUGGAACUCCUUCACCACCCGGUACUUCAUCGACUCGGACGAAGUUAUCACCAUGUUGGAGCGAGACGGCCGAGUGAGCGUGAAGGAGGGUACGAGCGAGCUGCUGAAGCUGCCGCUGCGCUGCCACGUCUGCCAUGAAGAACAGGCCACCAUACCGAAGCUGAAGGAGCAUCUCAAAAUUCACCUGUCCUCCUGAAUCUGUCCUGAACCCGUUUCUAGAUGUUCCAGAGUUCCAGAGAAGAAGCAUGGGGGAUCAUGUGGCGCAAUAUCUCGUGGAAAGACUUUCUCUGAGGAGCGGAGGCUGUUCAAGUUGCAAAUGUUGUUCCAUGGUUUGAAUGGUUUGUUCAGGUGUCUACAUACUUUUGGCCGUACAGUGCGUUCAAAGUUUAGUGAAUGAAUCCGUGAAUUAAAAUGGUUUGAUUCAUAUUC